UUUCAUUAGCUUCUGCUGUUUGUCUGUGCCAGAAAUAAUUAAUAAAAUAUUUAUAAAAAACGUUUAAAAUACAUUAAAUCAACAUAUUACCCGAAAAAAUAUGAAAUAUUAGGUGGCUUUUAAAUAUCGGGGCAACAGUGUUUACAUUUAUAUCGUGGGAUUACCAAAUUCUGCUAUAUUAAUAUACAAUUUUGAAGGUUUACAUCGCCUAAAUUUAUAAACAAGAAAUUGUCAAAAUCUAGAAAAUGGGGCGGCAUCAGGAAAAUCGCCUAAGAUUGUCGUCAAGAACGAAAGUAGCCGAAACAGAGCAUAAAGUCGAUUCGAAAUUGGCGAAGACAAAUCCAAAUGGCCAGAUAGAGUGCAUUAUUUGCAAAGUCACUGUGAAAUCGGCCACAUUAUGGAAGGUGCAUGUAAACUCCAAGUUGCACAAGGAACGCAUAACGAUUGCAAAGCAAAUAAAAUCAACUUUUAAAGGCGGCAUACCGGAAGCGACUACGAAGUUGUCCACGGUCACAACACAAACGCCAAAACCAUCCACAAAAGUAGUAGAAACGCCGAAAGGGGCUGUUGCAGUUCAACAAAGUCUUAAAAGCACACAACAAAUUGUAACAAAAGCGGUGCCUACACCUGUCUACACUGAAAAGCCCGCAUCCGCCAAUAACGUAGACACUUUGUUGCCAGAGAAGUUCUUUGACGAUCCCGUGAAGGAUGCGAAAAUUCGUAAUGCAGAAUAUAAGGACCCACAAGCGGAUGAAUGGGAACGUUUUCAGCGUGAAAUUCGUGAAGCAUCCUCUGUAUCUGUCGCAAUUAUUGCUGGUGAGCAAAUGGAAUCGGCAUUUGAUCGUGACUUGGAUGAGAUCAACGACCAAAUGAAGCAUUGGUCUAGGUAUAUGAAUUUGGAGGCGCGCAAGGGUGUGCUUAGCGUAAAUAAAGACCACAAAUCCGAAACUCACAGUUCUGAUGAGAAUGAAAGUGAUGAUGAGACAACAGCAACUUCUGAAUUUUCGGACUGGCGUUCGAAGUCAUUUCUUUAAAACCACUAUGCGAGCGAUUAUCUGAUUAUCGGAUCUGAUAUUUACUGAUACAAAUAUGUAUGUAAAACAAAUAUGUUAUGUUGAUUAACAUCUUUAUGUAUGGAAGUAAAUCAUUUUUAAGAUUCAUUAUUAAACAAAUAUUUUUGAAA